AUGGCCAACGCCGGCUUGCAGCUGCUGGGCUAUUUCCUGGCACUGGGCGGCUGGGUCGGCACCAUCUGCAGCGCGGCGCUGCCCCAGUGGAAGCAGAGCUCGUACGCGGGGGACGCGAUCAUCACGGCCGUGGGGCUGUACGAGGGGCUGUGGAUGAGUUGCGCCUCGCAGAGCACGGGCCAGGUCCAGUGCAAGCUGCACGACUCGCUGCUCUCGCUGGACGUUCACCUCCAGACCUCCCGGGCACUCAUGGUGGUUUCUAUCCUCAUGGGCUUUGUGGGGGUCAUUGUCAGCGUGGUGGGAAUGAAAUGUACCAAAGUGGGGGACGAGAACCCUGUUGUCAAAAGCCGGAUUGCUAUGGCCGGUGGCGUCCUCUUCCUCAUAGCAGGUCUGUGCACCUUAACAGCUGUGUCAUGGUAUGCAACACAGGUGACCUAUGAAUUCUUCAACCCCAACACUCCAGUAAAUGCCCGGUAUGAAUUUGGUUCUGCCUUGUUUGUUGGCUGGGCGGCUGCCAGCCUGACCAUGCUGGGGGGCUCCUUCCUGAGCUGCUCCUGCCCCACCCCCACCGAGGAGAGGAGAGGACAGCAGCACUAUAGGCAGUCACAGCCUUCAACAGCUAGGGAACCCAAUGUAAAAAUGUCUUCUUCACCCAUCAGGGGAGAGCAGUGUUUAUAG